UACAGAUUUUUUUUUUUAAAGUUACGAGAGGUUGAAACAAACUGCUGACAGCCUCCCAGAAUGGCAGACCAGAAGCGCCUUGCCUACUCCAUCAUCCAGUUUCUGCAUGACCAGCUGCAGAAUGGGGGGCUGUCUCCGGACGCUCAGGAGAGUUUGGAAGUGGCCAUCCAGUGCCUGGAGACAGCAUUUGGGGUCUCAAUGGAAGACCAAGGCCUAGCUGUGUCCCAGACUCUUCCCGAAAUAUUUGAAGCUGCUGCAGGAAAGGAGCCUGAACACAUCAGAACAAACUCGGAGCCCAUCACCCCCUCUGAAGAUGACAUAGCUGAAGCUGAAAGACUCAAGACUGAAGGAAAUGAACAAAUGAAGGCAGAAAACUUCGAAGCUGCUGUGUCUUUCUAUGGAAAAGCAAUUGAAUUAAAUCCAUCCAAUGCUGUGUAUUUUUGCAACAGAGCUGCUGCAUACAGUAAACUAGGAAACUAUGCUGGAGCAGUGAGAGACUGUGAAAGAGCUAUAGGCAUUGAUCCAAACUACAGCAAAGCUUAUGGCAGAAUGGGCUUGGCCCUCUCCAGUUUAAAUAAACACACAGAAGCUGUUGUUUACUACAAAAAAGCCCUGGAGCUGGAUCCAGACAACGACACAUACAAAUCAAACCUUAAAAUAGCUGAACAGAAAAUGAAGGAGACUCCUAGCCCAACUGGAGGUCCAGGAGGAUUCGAUUUAGCUGGCUUGCUGAACAAUCCUGGCUUCAUGAGUAUGGCAUCUAACCUAAUGAACAAUCCACAAGUACAACAGCUCAUGUCCGGGAUGAUUUCUGGUGGCCACAACGCCAUGGGAGCCACAGGCACCAGCCCUUCCACGAAUGAUCUCGCCAGCCUCAUACAAGCGGGCCAGCAGUUUGCUCAGCAGAUGCAGCAGCAGAAUCCUGAACUAAUAGAGCAGCUACGAAGCCAGAUCAGGAGUCGAACUCCAAGUGCCAGUAACGAAGACCAGCAGGAAAAAACUCCAGGAACAGGGUUUCUGUUGAUUAGAUUCACUGCGUUUCUCAUUCAGGUCUGUAGCAACAUUGCCAGCGUUGUUAAUACACAGGAGUUUGGUGGUCGCCUCUCAAAGGUUAGUGUUAAUGUGUCAGGCGGGUUGGGACUGGCCAGGAAGAACGUGCCCGUGUGCGACGACUCCUUUAGCGAGCGUUUCCAG